AACAAUUUUACGACAUCCUGGAUAUUUUGAAAAGGGAAGUAACGUGCGACGCAAUCCCGGAGGCCCGCCAUCUUGAUAUUCUACUUGUCACGUUGCAUGUAGAGCUCCUGGAAAGUUGCGUAUUAUUAUCAGAUCGUUUCAGUCUUGAGUACAUCUCUGUAACUGUGUAAUGUCUAGCAACAUCAUGAGUGCUGAGUCCACUGAACAACGUUUGGACAAUGAUGAAACCGCAUUAACUUCUACAGAAGAUCACGAAAAUAAGGUUGAACCAGCAAAUCAAAAUGUUGAGCAAACAGAAGAGCAGCAGCAGCCUCAGCAGCAGAGGAACAGAUUUAAUAUGUGGGGUAUUGCAAAGACAUUUUUCAUUAGAAUGAUUUUCAUUUAUUUAGUUAGCAGCUACUUCCGACGUUCACCAACUCCUGCUACUGACAGUCGGACGGUCCAAGAACCGUCUUCAAAUGUUUUUCCAAAAGGUUUUCUUAUGGAUAUGUACGUGUAUGUAUCAGAACAAGAAGUAUUUACUGAUUUUGACAAUCCCGAAUCAGAAUUUUGGGUCCAAAAGGGUCUGGUUUAUGGAGAUUGGGCAUCUGGCAUAUAUAAGGAUGGUUCUUACGACAACGGAAAGCAACUCACUUUGUCAGAUGCAGUAUUAAGCAAUGGCUCCAUAUAUAUACAUGUGUACUUCACAAAAUCUGGUUACCCUCCAAACUCUAAAGAUGAGUAUGCACAAAGUAUGCGUGCCUAUUCUUCAAGAAAAUUAAAUAAAUACAAGAAAAGAAAAUUCCAUGAGACUGUGAAUCUACUGACUGGAGAAACAGAAGCACAUCCUAACCUUAGAAAGAAAGAAAAUUCUUCAUCAUUUGAAAUUAUAUCUCACUGGCAUCCGAACCUAACUAUUAAUCUUCUUGAUGAUGAUUUUCCUUGGGUUAAAGGGCAGGUUCCUCCACCCUUGGAUGAAUAUGUUGUUUUUCAACUUGGAUCCAACAAGUACUUCCCGGUGAUCUUCUUCAAUGACUAUUGGAACCUCAACAGUGAUUAUGUGCCAAUUAAUUACUCUACAAAGGUUGUGAACCUAACUCUCACUUAUAAACCAAUUUCUCUGUUCCGUUGGCAAUUGUAUGCAGCACAAAAUAUGCGUAAUAAGUGGUACAAUGUAUUGGGAUCAAAUUUUGUUGAGGAAGGAGAAGAAGAGCAGGAUUCUGUCAAGAUUGCUUUCUUGGAAACUAAUCCAUACUUACUGGCUAUUACUGUUAUCGUAUCAAUUGUACAUAGUGUAUUUGAAUUCUUGGCAUUUAAGAAUGAUAUUCAGUUUUGGAAAAGUAGAAAAUCUUUAGAAGGACUUUCGGUUCGAUCGGUUUUCUUCAAUGUGUUCCAGUCCGUAGUUGUGGUGCUCUAUGUGUUAGACAAUGAAACUAACCCAAUAGUGAAAAUAAGUGUCAUUAUUGGACUAGCAAUAGAAAUAUGGAAAAUUCAAAAAGUUCUUGAUAUAUCGCUUGACCGUGAAAACAAAAUCUUGGGUUUCAUUCCCAGACCAAUAUUUAAAGAAAAAUCAACAUAUAAAUCAGCGACUAAACAAUAUGAUUUGGUGGCUUUCAAGUAUUUAUCAUGGUGUUUGUUUCCUUUGUUAGUAAUGUAUUCUAUCUACUCAUUAGUAUAUAAUGAACAUAAGGGAUGGUAUUCAUUCUCAUUAAGUAUGUUGUAUGGAUUUUUGCUAACAUUUGGGUUCAUUAUGAUGACACCGCAGUUGUUCAUCAACUAUAAGAUGAAAUCAGUUGCACAUCUUCCAUGGCGUAUGCUAACUUACAAAGCAUUAAAUACAUUUAUUGAUGACAUAUUUGCAUUUGUUAUCAAAAUGCCAACACUGUACCGGUUGGGCUGUUUCAGGGACGAUAUAGUAUUCUUCAUUUACCUCUACCAACGUUACAUCUAUCGAGUGGAUCCCCAGCGUCUGAAUGAAUUUGGAACCAGCCAAGAAAUGCUUGAGCCUAAUGGAACUGUGGCUUUAAGAGAUGGUGAAACUGAUUCUACAAGUCCUGAUGAAGGAGCAGAAGACAGCGCUUUGAAAUCAGAUAAGGAAAAGAAAAAUGACUGAGCUGCAGUAAGAACAAUUUCAACACAAACCCAGAAAAGUUCCAAUAUAUUGAAUAUAUAUUCCUACUAUAUAGCAUGGAUAGUGGCCAGAAUGUCUGGAAUGGCUUUGCAUAGUGGUGUGUUGUGAUUCUACAAAUUGGUUAGAUUUAACAAUUGUUUAAAGUUUUCUUCCCUCCCAACUCUCCUUUUAUUCUCUAUAUGCCUCUUUCUUUCUCCUUCCUCAAUCCUUAUGUUCUUCAGAAAACACUGCUGACAAACUUUUUUUUCAACAAAUUUUAUUUAUUUAUUUUUAAACAAAUUUUAUGUCAGUAUGUGGAGUUGUUGUCUUAUGACUACCUUGUGAAGUGCUGUUUAUUAUUUAUUUAGUUUUCUUUCUUUCUCUCUUAUUUUUUUUUUUAUAUUGCCAAAUAUCAAAUUUCAUAAUUUUAUCAAAUGAAAAAUAAAAUUAUGAUAUUUAAAUAGAUUUUUUUUCUCUGUCAGGAUGUGUGUGUUUUUGCAUAUACCAAUUAAUCAUUUUUUGAGUAAAUUAAUUACAUUCUUUUUUUUUUUCCUUAAAUGACAUCACUUUUUUUUUUUUUUUUUGCUUUUGUUUUCAAUUCAAAAAUGUUAUGUUGUUUACUUGUUAUUAAGGACCAGUUUACAAUUACUAACAGCAUAACAAAACAUUUAACACUUGUUGAACAUCCAACAUUGAUUGAAUAUGUAAGCCUGGAUAAACUACAACUUGCACUUUGCAAAUCAUGUUUAGAUAUUUUGUUUGCGUGAUGAAAACCUUGAAUAGCUAUCAAUUAUCACUCUUUGCCUACCAAUUAUUCUUUAAUAUGAUUGUGCAACUUGGGUGCUUGGUAGAAAUGAUUAUGGUUUUUACCUGGUUUAGUUGGUUUACCUGACUAAUGUUUUACUAUGGCUUUUUCAAAUUACUUACAUUCCCCCACCCCCAUCCCACCCUUCCACCUUCUUUUGGUUAAUACCUUUUGCUUUUGCUGUUGUCUUCUGUUUUUGGUGAGUUUAUUCUCUUGAGUAAUGUGUUAUACAGUUUUGUGUUUUUUUGAUAACAAUGUAUAAA